AUGAAGAAAAAGUCCAAUAACGAACAUAGGGACGAUUCAAUCAAUGAUUAUGAUUCUAAAAUUGCUCUGAGUGACACCAGACAAAAUGCUUCAAUUAGUUCUGAUCGUGAACGUCUUUCCGAUAAAAUAUACUUAACAGCAGCUGGUUGCGAUGAUAUGUUGAAAAAUUCGCCUCUUUUCACAUUCGAUUUGGAAAAACUGAAAAAGAAAUUAAUUCGAUUGGCUAUUAAAGAUACUCGAGUUGAACGUAUGUUUAAAAUAACUUUCUCUGCUUUUACAACUACAAUCAACACAUGUUUUCGUCGUGGAUACAUAGUUUCCUCAACACGUUAUCAAUGGAUCGCUGCUGCAUGUAGUCUCAUUCCAUUUCUUGACGAAUUACCAGCUUUCUAUGGGCGUGAAAAAAUCCGUCAAGCCUUUGGCAUUCAUGGCAAUUCUACACAGACAAAUACAUCAAACAGCACAACAACCUCUAUUGAAAAAUAUCUGAUAGAGAAAAAGUUUACUGUACCCAAAAGCUACUUGAUAUCCGGCUGUUUUGAAUAUCUUUGGUGUAGUAAAGAGAAGCAAUCAAUGUCAAACGUCACCAAAGAUUCUAAUGAAUCUUUUCAAUUGCCAGAAACAUGGAACUCCAAAGAUAAUAGUGUUAUGUCACAAAAUACUAAAGCUUGCAUUGGUCAUGCUGCCUACACCGCAAUUGGGCGAACUGCUCUCGUUUUAGGUGCCAUCGGGAAAGCAUUGGACGAUGUACUCCCAAUCGUAGUUCCGGCUUCAGUUGCUGCUUUGCGUGCUGCUUCAAUUGCUGGUAUCGUGAUUGGUGCUGUAUUGACUCCAGCGUUUGCUCUAUGGUCAUUCUAUUCUACUGGAAAACGAAUGAACGAGCAUCUACAUGUUUUAUGCGAUGAUUUACUUGUCAUAGCCGCAUAUUUUCUUGCUGCAAUAUAUAAUAGCCAUAUUAAUAUUACACGAUCGCCUGAGAUUUUGUCAUUCGAACAGGCGCUUUCAGGAGCUGAUGAAAGUUCUUCCGAUGAAGAGUAA